GGCAAAAGCGUAACAGGAACCUUACACUACUUACUUCAAGGCAUGCCAUUUGACAUAGUCAAAACAAUCAGCAGGUGGGCAGGGGACUCCUUCACCCUAUAUCUAUGCCAGCAUGCAAUGAUACUAGCUCCAUACCUCAAUGACACCCCA